AUGACGUCAUCAACAGAUACACAAGAGACUAAUGAGUUGGAUGACUUCUAUUCAUCAUUAUCAGAUAUAGCCAGUACAUCAACGAAUGAACAAAGUAGUAGUACAUCAACAUCAACAACAUCAACAUUAAAGAGGAAACAUGAAGAUAUAGAUAAUAAUACAACAGAUACAACUACAUCAACAUCAAACACAGACAAUGGCAAUGGCAAUGGCAAUGGCACUGGCACAACUACUACAACUACAUCUACACCCACAACAUCAACAUCAACAUCAACAAUUAGCAAUGCAAGGAUGAUCCCACCAAGUCUGAUGAGGAAGAAAGCAGCAGCAGCAUCAUCGGCAGUGAUCAAGAAACCAAUGGUUUCAUCAUCAGCGAUAUUAUCAUCACCAGCAGUCAUUUCAUCAAAGGCUGUGACAUACUCUGCCAACACUAUUACAAAGCUACAAGAGUCGAAUGAGGUCAGGAUGCCCAGUUACAACUCGCACAUCACAAGGGAGAAGCCAUUGGUCACCAUGGAGCAGCCUAAGAAGUUAAAGUACACGAUGGGCGCUGCGGGCCAGACGUGGGAGGACCCCUCGCUGUCUGAAUGGGACCCGAACGACUACCGCAUCUUUGUUGGAGAUCUCGGCAAUGACGUGACCGAUGACAUGCUCAGACAGUCCUUCUGCAAGUACCCCUCGUUCCUCAAGGCCAAGGUGCUGCGUGACAAGCGCACCCUCAAGUCCAAAGGCUUUGGCUUUGUCUCCUUCUCAGACUCCACCGACUAUGUCAAGGCGAUGCGCGAGAUGAAUGGCAAAUACGUUGGCAAUCGACCAAUCAAGCUGAGGAAGUCCUCCUGGAAGGACCGUGCAGAGUCCGUCACUCCAUUAUCGUCGGGGUCUGCCGCCAAGAAGUAG